GGUAACCACCGCCACCAUUCACGUACUUAUGUAAGUAACUUAUUCGAGAAGGUACUGGUCGGCUUCCCGAAGUCCGGGCCGACGUCUCUCGCAACCCCCCAUCCUCCUCCCUUUCCCCGACCCCCGACUACCACCUCGUCCGACGCCGCCCGACACACUCGACACUAUGUCCACCAUCUCGCCACCGCCGAUCGCCAACGGGUACGCCUCUCCAGCCCCCUAUGUCGCUGCGGUAUCUCCUCCGCCGGCGCCCAAACCUACUGCACACCCCAAACCCAAAGCCGUGAAUGUCUUCUCUAACGAUGGUUCGUUCCUAGAGCGUUUCCAGCGUAUCAAGAAGGAUGAGGAAGAGCAGAAGCAGCAGGAAGAGAUACUAGCGAAGAAGCGGAACUUCGAUGAACGAUUUAAACGACGGGGCAAGCGCCCUUCUCCUGAUGCUACGAACUCAGAACCUGCUACAGAGCCAGCUGCGAAGAAGCCAAAGGUUGACGAACCCCGAAAUCAGUACGAGAAGGAAGUGAAGAGCUACGCCGCCAGUCUGAAGGACAACGGGGCCGGUAUACGGCCAUUGGUGAAGUGACUUCUAGGCGGGCAAUGUCGCAUUUCGCAUUCCGUAGGAUGACGCCCGGGUAUUUGUACCGAGUCGGAGCAGUCUUCGCGUCCAUUCCCGUCGUUGGGGCUCAUUAGGUCUAAGCAUAUCCAACAACUGUACUAUACGCAUUCCAUAUCAUAACCAUUUGCAAUGCAAGCCACAUUCCAGAAGUUACGG